CCUGCCCCGGAAACGGUGGCGGGAGGCCGAAGGGGGCGGAGGUGGCGUUGCCCGGCUCUCCGGAAGGAGACGUGGCGGCGGUUGGGCCCCGGGCUGCCUGGGUGCUUAGUAGUCCCGCCGCCUCCUCCUCCUCCCCCUCCUCUCCUGUAUGGGCAGAGGAGGUUGUGGCGGCGGCUGGAGAAAUCGGCAGCGGAGGAUGGAGGAAGGAGGAGGCGGCGCGCGUAGUCUGGUCCCAGGCGGGCCGGUGUUACUGGUCCUCUGCGGCCUCCUAGAGGCGUCCGGCGGCGGCCGAGCGCUCCCCCAGCUCAGCGAUGACAUCCCUUUCCGAGUCAACUGGCCCGGCACCGAGUUCUCUCUGCCUACAACUGGAGUUUUGUAUAAAGAAGAUAAUUAUGUCAUCAUGACAACUACACAUAAAGAAAAAUAUAAAUGCAUUCUGCCCCUUGUGACAAGUGGGGAUGAGGAAGAAGAAAAGGAUUAUAAAGGCCCUAAUCCAAGAGAGCUAUUGGAGCCACUAUUCAAACAAAGCAGUUGUUCCUACAGAAUUGAGUCUUACUGGACUUAUGAAGUAUGUCACGGAAAACACAUUCGACAAUACCAUGAAGAGAAAGAAAGUGGUCAGAAAGUAAAUAUUCACGAGUACUACCUUGGGAAUAUGUUGGCCAAGAACCUUCUAUCUGAAAAAGAUCAAGAGGCAGAUGAAAAGGAAAAAUCAAAAGAGAUUCCCACUAAAAAUAUUGAAGGUCAGAUGACACCCUACUAUCCUGUGGGAAUGGGAAAUGGUACACCUUGUAGUUUGAAACAGAACCGGCCCAGAUCAAGUACGGUGAUGUACAUAUGUCAUCCUGAAUCUAAGCAUGAAAUUCUUUCAGUAGCUGAAGUUACAACUUGUGAAUAUGAAGUUGUUAUUUUGACACCACUCUUAUGCAAUCAUCCUAAAUAUAGAUUCAGAGCGUCCCCUGUGAAUGACAUAUUUUGCCAGUCACUGCCAGGAUCACCAUUUAAACCCCUCACCCUGAGACAAUUGGAACAGCAGGAAGAAAUACUAAGGGUGCCUUUCAGGAGAAAUAAAGAGGAAGAGUUGCAGUCAACUAAAGAAGAGAGAUUUCCAGCAAUCCACAAACCCAUUGCUGUUGGUUCUCAGCCCAUGCUCACUGUUGGAACAACUCACAUAUCCAAACUGACAGAUGACCAACUCAUAAAAGAGUUCCUUAGUGGUUCUUACUGCUUUCAUGGGGGCGUUGGUUGGUGGAAGUAUGAAUUCUGCUAUGGCAAACAUGUACAUCAAUAUCAUGAGGAUAAAGAUAGUGGAAAGACCUCUGUGGUUGUGGGUACAUGGAACCAAGAAGAGCAUAUUGAAUGGGCUAAGAAGAAUACUGCUAGAGCCUAUCACCUUCAAGAUGAUGGUACCCAGACAGUCAGGAUGGUGUCACAUUUUUAUGGGAAUGGAGAUAUUUGUGAUAUAACUGACAAACCAAGACAGGUCACUGUAAAACUAAAGUGUAAAGAAUCAGAUUCUCCUCAUGCCGUUACUGUGUAUAUGCUGGAGCCUCACUCCUGUCAGUAUAUCCUUGGGCUCGGCGGAGGCGAAAGUACAACUGUCUUUGGUCAUCCUGAAUCUGGGUUCAUCCAAAACCGGCCACCUCCACCAUGCUGCCUAAAUUUUUUGGCCCCAACAAUAUCGAAGUCGUGUACCUGCAGUGCACCAGUGGGGACGCUGGUACCAUGUCUGCCGUGGCCCUGAAGAUCUGUCUCCAAAAAUGGUUGGUGAUACAUCGCCAAGGGAAUUGGUGAUCAGAAGGGUCUGAGGGUGACAGUGAAACUGACCAUUCAGAACAGACAGGCCCAGAUUGAAGUCGUACCUUCUGCCUCUGCCCUGAUUGUCAAAGCCCUCAAGGAAUCAAGAGACAGAAAGAAGCAGAAAAACAUUAAGCACAGUGGAAAUACCACUUUUGAUGAGAUCGUCAACACUACCUGGCAGAUGCAGCACCGAUCUUGAGCCACAGAACUCUCUGGAACCACUGAAGAGAUCCUGGGGACUCAGGGCACCUGGCUGGCUCAGUCAGUAGAGCAUGAGAUGUUUGAUCUCAGGAUUGUGGGUUUGAACCCCACAUUGGGCAUAGAGCAUACUUAAAAAAAAAAUUAGAAAAACCCACAAUGACUUCAUCUAAGGAAGAGAAUGCUGAGAGUCAACACAUUGUUAUCCAUCGUGCAAUAAUCAUCACUUACUUUCCUCCGAUGGUUUUCAAAUGAUUGGACGGGAAAGUCAUAGUACUGCAAUCUGAUGUUCAGAAAUGUUAGGGUUUUCAGUAUUUUUAUUUUCCAAACAUUAUUUUAAAAGAACAUUAAAAGCAUCAGAAAUACAAAUCUGGCCUAAAGGUUAACAUCAGAACAAUUAUAAAAUGUUUGAAAUACAUCACAUACUUGCAUCACAGUAAAGCAUCAAGAGAACUAAUUAAUGUACCCUGCUAAUAAUUAGUCAUAAUUCAACUGAAUUCUCAUUAUUUUUAGUUCUCAGUUUAGCCCUUAGAGAGAAGUUAUAUAUGUCUAUCCAUAUCUCCCGCUAUAGAUAGACAUAUAUAACUUACGAAGAGAUAAGUUGUAUCUAUCUCUGUAUCUCCACAUAGACGUAGAGAUAGGUGUGAAGGAGGGCUAAGAAUCUAGCCCACCACGUAUUUCAUGCAAGUUAAAUCAGUAAUUUCUUGAUGAGCGUAAAGAGACAAAAUACCUCAUAUGCGCAUGCUUACUUUUUUUUAUACCAUAACUUUCACCCCCCAAAGAUGGAUCAAGUCAUCUCAAACUCAAAGGUGGUACAAGAAGGCUGUCAGGUCAAAUUUUACAAGUAGAAAUUACUUUUAAAAAAUCUUUUAUUGAAUCACACUGGAAAUGCCUAGCCAAAAAAGACAUACUUUAAAAAGUAUAUUCUUGAUUAAUCUUAGUAAUUAUAAAGCUGUUUGGCUUAUUGGAAUAAAUACCCAGUUCUAAAUUUAGACAAACGUCUAAUACCUAAUUAGAAUUCUCUUCAAAUGAUCUUGGAGAGGAUAUUAGAUUUCUUAGUUCUUUGUUAAAAAGGGGUAAUAUAUACUAUCCCUAUCUCGUGGGAGUAUUAAUAAAUGAAAAGAGUGUUGUAUUAAAAAUAUAAAAGCAUAAUUGAAAUAGGUUAUAGUGACUUCCAAAAAUAGCAUUCAAUUACAAACAAGAAAAAAAUGUGACAGAGUGGCUAUUUUCUCUCCUGUUAGAAAAUUUAAUAGCAAAAUAAAGGAAGAAAAGGCGAGAAGGAAGGGAAGGAGAAAUUCCUAAAAGGUGAAUUCAAAAAUAAAAUCAAACCCCUAUCUCACACUUAAACCUCACCAACAGAGUGACUGGUCAGUGCUGGAAGGCGGCAGUGGGAUGGGGCCGCACAGCGCUCCCGCGGAACAUCCGCUGUCUUCUCUACACCUCGCAGCACUCCUGUACUUGGGGACAGCCUGGAGAGGGAGCUGUACACUGAAUACCUUUCAUCCAACCUGCAGUAACAGUUCCGGAACGUAACAAUUUCUAAAGAUAGGUUUGGGAUCUUAAUGGUCAUCUUGAGUCUAACAGCUAUAGUUCCAAAAUUGUAGCGAGUUCAAAAGCUAACUGUAUAAUGAAAAUAUUUUUACAUAAAAAUAUGCAUUUAUGGUUGUUAUGCUAGGAAUCACAGAGUAGAU